CCGUUUGGCAGUCAGUCAGCUUCAAGCUUUCGGUGGACGAUGUUGCGCCCUUCUCGGUGGACCCCAAGCGGUGCGACUUCACAGUCAGUCAGUGGUUGUGUCCGGUGCGUGUGUAUGUGUGGCUGUGUGGCUUUGGCACCUAAUUUGGCACCAGGAACAGUGAAAGCCAAAACGUGUUGAGGAAGGAACUGCUGCGGUGGGCUGUUCUGCGAGGAAAGUGCCGUUGGUGGGCUACCCUUCGGAGGAUAACUGUUGCUAUCGGGGACCGUGAACUGGCCCCUCUUUGUCGCGUGGACCGGAUGUAAGGAAUGCCCACGUUGUUUCUUAUGAGCGGAAGUUUGGGUAGAUAACCUGUGUCUCGGACGGGCUGGCGUGAAUUUUUGUAUCCGCAUUUUUGAUUCCGGCGGAGGCUGCUGACCGAUCCGCAGCGGGGCAAUUAGUGGAAGAAUGUGGCAAUUGCUUCGCGUGUGACUUUUUCGCAGUUUGUUUACGCGCGCGAAUCAAGCGCUUGAGGGAGUGAUUUGAAUGUAGUUAAUUGGUGUGGGCUGAGUAGAGUCGAAAGUGGCCGCUGGCGUGGGAAAAUCGCGAUUAGAAGCAGUUAAAUGAGGUGAGCUUUCCGGCUGUAUGAGUUAAUUGGUGCUGAUUUGUGACACGAGCAGAUUGUUUUAGAUGGGUAGAUGUUUAGAUCAUGUAACAGAUGUAUAAAUAAAUGUUAAAAAUUCAAUGAUUUAAUGUGAAGAAUAAGUGUAAGCCGUCGGUGUUAUAUGUUGAAAUAUGAAUAUAAUAAGCAAUCAAUAUCGAUGUGAAGUGUUCAAACGGGUGUACGUGACAAGAUUAUAAGAACUGCACAAUUUUUGAGCGGACUUGAGAUAAGCACAAACGUUAAUUAAACGAUGAAAUACGAACGCUAUGCUCCAUCAAACGUUUUACUGGCAGACAUAGAUCUAAAAGACAACUUUUAUAAAAAUAAAUUCUUAGCCACACAUACCAAAUAGAAUCGUCAACUUGUAACAAAACUUGUCAAAGCAAUACCACACAAGUCAUUCCAUCGCAGAGUCAUUCCCAUCUUGACUUAAUUCGACUGCAUUGGGACAAAAAGUUCCCCAUCUGCAGCAUCUCGAGUGCAACAAUACCGAAUCAAUCGCAUCAGAAAAUAGCAAUUGUGCAAUUCUUUACCGAAUCAAAGCGAAGAAACUCGGUGCAGCAACCGUUUGCCCAUUUCAGUAUUUCACUGAGUGACGACUUUUCCCGGGAAGUUUUAAUUGAAGGAAUUCUUCUCAAAUGCAGUGUGCUCGGUGCGCUCGAGAAUGCUGAAUCUUCACGUUGCACAGUAAGAUGAAGAUACGAAACGAAAAAGAAGAAUAAGCGAGGAAGCUUGUUUGAGAAAUGGAUUCCGCUGUCGACAACUUUGACGGACCAUCAACACCCUCGCAGCCCAGCCGGAAGAACUCGAAGUGAUAACGAUCAUCAUCAGCAUCACCAGAGUGGGAAAGUUUUUGAGUGAAAACGAAGUUUGGCGGCUUCCCAAGCGAACGAACCGCAGCAGGGAUGGUUGUGGCUUUGUCUGGAUGCUAAAGCUCCCGACGAUGGACGCUUUUGUGUGCGUUCGACAGUGCGGAAGAUUGGCUCAAGUUGUGUAACUGGCACUUUGUUUGGGUGCAUUUUUUUCGCUUCACUAGCCCGGGCGGGUAGCACCCGGUGAAGUUUGGUCUUUGUGUGUUGGAAAAAAUCCUAAAGGAAAAGUGCGAAAACUUUUUUUGUGAAGGCAAACGAACGAACAGGGUUCGCAUCAACUUUGGGUGAGCUUUCACAUCAUCACCAUCAUCAUCAACAACAGCUGCCGGCGGACGGUUUCCAGAAUGGACAUGGAUAUCAUCGACAUCCGGACGCUGGGAUAUCUCUCCAGUACUAGCACGGUUGUGUCAGCGACUACCAUAUGCAGUAACCUGACGGCGGUGGCAAACCAGACAGACGGUCCGGGCGAUGGCGGAGGGAGUGGCGGCGUUGGUGGAGGCGGUGGCACACGACACGACGACGGCGGCGACGAUGACGAUGUAGACGCUUUAUCGCCUCUGUCGAUGUCCUUUCUCGGUGUUUUUCUAUCGAUUGUGAUAUUUCUCUCCGUAGCCGGCAACAUCCUGGUGUGUAUAGCGAUCUACACCGAGCGGAGUUUGCGGCGAAUCGGAAAUCUUUUUCUGGCGUCGCUGGCCAUCGCCGAUCUGUUUGUGGCAUCGCUGGUGAUGACGUUUGCCGGUGUCAAUGAUUUAUUGGGCUACUGGAUAUUCGGGGCCCAAUUCUGCGACACCUGGGUGGCGUUCGAUGUCAUGUGUUCAACCGCUUCCAUCCUGAAUCUGUGCGCCAUCUCGCUGGACCGGUACAUCCACAUCAAGGAUCCGCUCAGAUACGGGCGCUGGGUAACGCGGCGCGUUGCCAUCGGGACGAUAGUCGUCAUCUGGCUGCUGGCGGCGCUCGUAUCGUUCGUGCCCAUUUCGCUCGACCUUCACCGGGACAAGCGGGACGAAACGGACACCUCGCUCGUCAUCAACGGCGUCAAGUACGAAACGUGCGCCCUGGACCUGACGCCCACCUAUGCCGUCGUUUCUAGUUGUAUAAGUUUCUACGUACCUUGUAUAGUUAUGAUCGGAAUUUACUGCAGGCUCUACUGCUACGCCCAGAAGCACGUCAAAUCGAUACGAGCGGUGACGAGGCCGGGCGAAAUCAGCGAGAAACGCUACCGCAGCAUACGGAGGCCCAAGCCGAGCAAGAACAAGCUGAAACUGCGGCAGCUGGCGCACCACGCGUCCUCACCGUACCACGUGUCGGACCACAAGGCGGCCAUCACUGUCGGCGUCAUCAUGGGUGUGUUCCUCGUGUGCUGGGUGCCGUUCUUCUGUGUUAACAUCAUUGCGGCGUUCUGCAAGACCUGCAUCGGGCCGCAAACGUUCAAGGUGCUGUCCUGGCUGGGCUACUCCAACUCGGCCUUCAACCCAAUCAUCUACUCGAUCUUCAACACGGAGUUCCGGGAGGCGUUCAAGCGAAUCCUGACGACGCGGAGUUCCUGGUGCUGCGGGCAGGAGAUGGGUAACAUCUACCCGCGGCACAGCGACCGCUACGUGACGGACUACGCGGCCAAGAACGUCGUCAUGAACUCGUGUCGCUCGUCCGCCGAUCUCGAACAGGAUGAUCAAGAGGACCAAGAGUACUUUUCCGUUUUCUGAAGAGCUACUCAUCUGAAGUAUGCAAUUAUGAUGGUUAUGAUG